AUGCAAGACACAGCUGGCUACUGGGAUCUAAGAACAUCUGCACGUACCCGGCUGGGUGGCUGCCAUAUUGUUUACGCAACCUGGCUUCUACAAGCGGGGCAGCAUUUUAUCCAACAAGAACGCUCAGAUCGGCCAGAGGCUGUUUAUUCCCUAAGAACUUACUACUAUCCUGACCAGCUCUCGGUUGAAUACUCGUAUACUUACUUCCCUGAUCGAAUUUUCGGUUCAAUGCGAUCACACCCUGCAACCUCUCCCAAGGCUUGCCAUGGCAACCCUCGAAGUCAUUCGGCGAGCGAACUGCAAAUUUUCACUAUAAACCUCUGGAGAAACAGGGAGUGGGAUUCCGCACCAAGCACUUUUGUCACCUCAUGUCCUAGACACUACGUCGUGACGAGGCAAAGCUAA